UUCGCAAAACGUCAAAUGUGCAAAUGAUAAACGUUUUCAGUCAAUACCGCGCGACUGUGAGAGUAAGAGAAAAUAAUUACACAAAAAAUGUUGUCAUCACAAAAAUAUUUAUUUGUCUAAUAAAARCGACCACAAAAUAACAGCUACAAUUGUAAAAGGUGUGCUCCAUAAAAACGGCGAKACCUCAUAAUAAAUGAUUACUCUGUAUUUCCAUUCGAAAAUCGAUGCUUUUUUGAAAAUCAAUCGAUUUGCCUGCUGAACUGCGUUUGUGUGUGCCUAUAAAUCAAUUUCGUUCAUUUUUGUUUCAAAUUUSCGUUGAAGUAAAUCAAAAUUUUUUCCUGUUUAUAAAUUAGUGCGUGUCUAGGCAGCGAUUAAUAAUUGACGUUAACGCGCGUUACGUCGCCUAAACGCUACGCGACGUGUCGACUUGUGCAUACACGAUCAGUGCGUGCGUGCGUGCGUGCGUGCGUACGAAAUACCGUUACCGCUGGCGGCAGCUUCCAACGGCCAGCACUCUCACAAACAGCAUUGAAAGCGCGUAUUUGUGCGCUGCACCUGAGUUCGUCGCCUCGUCGAUUCGUCGUUUAGUCAUCGAUCGCGUACGCAGCUGCACAGUGUUUGCCGACGGUGAUGAGUUUUAGUUCCUACGCGCUGUCAAAUAUUCAUCACAGCUGAUAGUGAUGAAUCCGAAUCAACACAGUGGGCCCGGUCCACCGUCAGCGUUAGUGACAACAAAAACAACAACAACAACUGCAAUGAAUACAACAGCAACCGUGGCACAGCAUAAUUCCUCGUAUAUGGGCGUCGGUGGCGUGGGUGCUGGUGCGGGUCCGGGUGCUUGCGGCAUGGUUGGUAUCGAUCAAGUUGACGCCUCCAUCAUGGCAUCAAAGACAUAUGCAACAAAAUGUGCUACAAUGUCAUCACCAACAGCAACAACGGCAACUUCAUAUGGCGGCAUGAAGAGUGCUUACGCGGUUGCAACAAAUGGUGGUGGUGGUGGUGGUGGUUACGUUGCCAACACGCCCGCUGCUAUGACCAAUGGUCAGCACACCACCAACAGCAGCUGCAAUAACAAUAGCAACAAUAGUGGUAGUAAUUGUAAUGGUGGCAGUGCUAAUGUUGGCAACGUUAGUGUGCAUAAUCAUGCGACGGCGCCGCCGGUUGCACGUACCAUCUCGUCCGAUCGUUUGGUGACAGGGCCAUCGUGCAAAGCUCUAAGAACUGCAGUGUCAGCGCUCUACUCUGUGGAUGAUUUUGUCAAGGAGAAAAUUGGCUCUGGAUUCUUCUCCGAAGUGUUUAAGGUCACWCAUCGCACAACUGGUGAAGUUAUGGUGCUGAAAAUGAAUCAGUUACGUGCAAAUCGRCCAAAUAUGCUCAGGGAGGUGCAGUUGCUGAACAAAUUAUCCCACCCAAAUAUUUUAAGUUUUAUGGGUGUCUGUGUGCAAGAAGGUCAGUUGCAUGCGCUCACUGAGUACAUUGAAGGCGGUUCGCUGGAGCAGCUAUUGGCCAACCAAGAAGCGAUCCUGACUGCUGCUAUGAAACUAAGACUGGCGCUGGGCAUUGCAAACGGCAUGGCGUAUGUGCACGAYGCGGGCAUUUUCCAUCGUGACUUAACAAGCAAAAAUGUGUUAAUACGGAAUAUGCCCGAUGGACAAUUUGAUGCAGUCGUAGGCGAUUUUGGUUUGGCGGCUAAGAUACCAGAUAAGCACGGCAAAACGCGCCUGGACACAGUCGGCUCACCUUAUUGGGUAAGCCCCGAGUGCCUGAAGGGUCAAUGGUAUGAUCAGACAAGCGAUGUCUUCUCCUUUGGCAUUAUACAAUGCGAGAUAAUCGCACGCAUAGUCGCCGAUCCGGAUGUGAUGCCGCGCACUGACGCCUUCGGCUUGGAUUAUUUGGCUUUCGCCGAGCUAUGUCCCAUAGAUACACCUGCUGUAUUUCUACGCUUGGCUUUCUACUGUUGUAUCUAUGAAGCCAAAAGUCGUCCGACUUUCCACGAAGCUGUCAAGAAACUGAAGCAAAUAAUGCAGGAUCAUGAGAAUGGCUAUAAUGGUGACUGCAACUCGUCGCUAAAUACAUCGAGCCUAUUAAAUUCACUAGAGUUGAAUAGUUCAGUUAACGGUGCAGYGUCGGAUGSCGCACACGACACCUCAACGGCGAGUCACAAAAAYGACUGCUUGCGACAAUGCUACUCCAGCAGCACACUACACAACAAUGUCAAUUGUUGUAGUUGUCGCMAGAGCKCCACUGCGUUGAAAGCGCCGGUCAUAAAAASUGCUCCCGYCGGCACUGCCUCGACGCAGAAUUACAAGGAGCUAGAUGAGAACGGUUUCCGUUUUCCUAACGGUAAAAAUAGCGGUACAGGUGGCAGCACCACACCAUAUCAAACACCGGAUGGCUCGUCGACGGAAUACAACGAAUUCGAGGAUCAUGUAUUGGAGACGCGCGUACGCCGWGUGACCAAAAAGCUGGAAGCCGAUCUGCAGUUACAACAGCAUCGACGUUCGUAUAGCGAAAACAUCAUACAUUUUCCGCUGCAUACGACGCCGAGCGACAAGGCGCGCUGUCAUCAAAUGCAACGCCAACGCUCGUCCACACAUUCACCAACACCGCCCGCAUUGUCGCGCAUAAAUGGUGGCAGCGAGAAGUCGACACAACCGCCGUAUGUUUCGGUCACCGCCGUGGAUGCCACACAAGUGCCGUCACCUGCUAUUAAACCACCGACGCAGCAAACAGUCGCACUGACAUUGCGUAAAGUCGCCGAAACUAUGUGCUUGAAGGAUCCACACUACAAACCCAUCCGUUCCGAUCACAAUGGCGUGAAGAGUAAUCCAUUCACUACGCUGGCACAGUUGCGUGGCGUCAAGAAGAUACUCGGCGCCAAUCCGAAAACRUAUGCCGCCGGUGUGGGUGAUCUGUUCAGUUCGUGUUUUGAAAUGUCCGCGCCGUUCUUCAAAGAAUUGGCAGCCGAGUUGGCAAAAAGCACAAACAAAACGGUGACAACGAGCGAGGUUGGCAGUGCGGUGGCCGCACGCUUGAGCGCCGGUGGCGUUGGUCGUGGUUUGCCUGCCACGCCAAAUGAACCAAAGAGCUUACCCUCAUCACCGCAAUUGACGCGAAAAUUCAGCGUUAGCGAACUGAAAGCAACGACACAUGGUCCCAUCUCGGCCACAGACACGUCCGUGGUCGAAGAUGAUGAYGACUGCGAUGACUGUGCAUCGGACGGUGAGCCCGAUGGCGAUGGUGGCGGCAACUCUGCCGAUGCCGAAUCUAGUAGCGAUGAUUCUGCUGAGCCACGCGCGCUGCACCUAUCAGCGCCAGCAGCACGWAAGUACCGCGCCAAUUCGCUUUACACACAUCCGCUUUUCAUGUGCAGCGGCGGGAAUGGCAAUGUUAACAUCGAYGACGGUAUAAGCGCUGCAAAUGCCUUGGCGACGCCAACAACAGCAUCAGCGACGACUAUAUGCACGCCUACGUCGCCGGCUUUAACYGUCGAUUGCGGCAACAGCACUGUGUAUUCCACGUCAGAGGAUGGUUGUGAGGAGCCYGAUCCGCCUAAAAUAAAAAUAUCGARCAACAUUACGGCAUUAGCGGUUUCAUCGCCUACACCACCAUCGCAACCGCAAAUGGCUUCGUUGGUAGCCACACCGGCUUCCGUUUCGUCGUGUCCCGACUUUGAGCUACAUGAAAUUAAACCGUGYGAUUUGCUACCGAAUAAAGGUACUUUAACGCGACGUGAUUCCAUUGAGAGCGGUUUUUAUUCGUGUUUCAAUGAGGACACCGACCCGGCCGUCAACAACUCGACCACAUAUGUCACAGCCACUGCAGCCUCGACCACCUCUAUCGAUAUGGGUCUAAUGAAUCGAUUAGCGCUCGACUCGGGCAUACAUUCGGUGUUGCAACGCAACAAUUUCGCCGUUAAUCAACUGCUCUACUGCAAGAAUCGCACCUCAUCCAUUUACACCGACAGUUCCGAUGACAUYAGCAGUUUGGCCGGCUCCGAUUCGUUGUUGUGGGACGACCGCUCCUUCACGGCUAUACCGAGCACGCGUUCGGCACAAAUCGCCACAAUCGUUGAAUAUUUCGAACGCAAGCGACAAGUACCUGAUGACAUGGCACCCGGUCCCGGACGUGGCGCAUUUCUGCGCAGCGGCUCCACAAGCGCCAGCGGCAGCGCACACACAACAAGUACGUCAAAUAGCGCGACAUCCACAGCUGCCGCUGCCGCCAUGGCAGCUACCAGCUCGUAUGGCCUCAGCAAUUUGGCCACGUACGAUAUGCGUCGCUACACCGACUUCAAACGGCAUGCGGCUUUAAGUUCGGAUUAUGAGGCAUUCUGCUUCGAAUUGGAUAAGAAGCCGGCGCAGCAGCGUUUGACGGUAUGCGAGGGUGCUGUCAAGUCCAAGCUGCAAAUAUUCGACAAAACGAAGCAACAGCAGCAACAACAACAACAGCAACAGCGCAUGCAACAGCAGCARUCGCAGACGCAGCAAACGUCUGCGGCAACGCAACCACAUGCGUCCAAUAGUCUAACGAAUGGUGUURCCACAACGAAGUAGGGCGUAAGCCGGCAACUCGGAGCAUCGGUAUUUAUCGAAGCAGCAGCACUGUGUUUUAAAUUCGCUGACAGCCGCRUAUGUGGCGUUUUAAUUUGUUCUUCUUCAAUUUUAUWACACAUCCAUUCAUUUUCACCAUCAUUUCAUAAUUGUUAUACAUUUUCGCACUGUUUUAUGGAGUUGCACAGCUGUGGUGAGUUUGCGUGGUGUUGGCCCAAAGUGCAGCUGCAACUUUAACCGAAAUAGGCUAAACUUUAAAUAAUUUGUGCGGUUGCUUGUGGCACCGAAGUGGCUCUUCAAWAAGUUAACGUAAAAAUUGUAAAGAUGGAAAUAUAAAGCACUUUGAAACACUGUUUAAUGUAUAUAUUUAAACAUAUUCGAAUCUGAGUUUUAUAAAAGAGCCCUAAAAGUGCUUAAAAGGCGCAAACAGCCGCCAAUAUGGCAAAAAAUAGUCAAGCAUAUAAAACACACACACAUUUUGGAAAAAAGACAGGUUUUUCAUAACCUAACCUCAAUUUUAAUGCGUAUUAACUUAAUUUGGGCAAACAUUUUGCUAAAAAAAAUCAAGUUUUUCAUAAAUAACCUCAAUUUUAAUGCGUAUUAACAUAAUUUGGUCAGACAUUUUGCUAAAAAAAAAAAGGUUUCCAGAACCUAACCUCACUUUCAAUGCGUAUUAACAUAAUAUGUUCAAACACCAGUCUUUAAAAGGAUUUAAAAUUUGCAUUGAAAUCUAGUUUUUUAUAAUCUCACUCUCUAUGCGUUGUUAAAAAUUUAAUCACACACCCACUAGAUCCUAGAAAAAACAUACAAAAUUGUGCUCUAAGCCGAAACCAAACUUAAUUUUUCUUGUGUUAUAGGCCCAAAUAAAAUCCACAAAAUAUAACAAUUUAAAAUACCAAGCAGCUGUAACUGUCCUUAAACAAAUUGCCACACAAAAAUAUGAAAAAUAAAACACGAAUAAAGUUCUACCAACAACGCAACAACAAAACUCCACCACUUUUCCUUAUAUAUGUAUAUUCUCAUAACUUUGCAAUGUCAUUUCAUAUCAUAAUUAGAACAACGAAAACUAUGUUUGUUUCACCUACUUUUUUGUUCUGUUAAAUCAUAAAAUUAUUUGUUAGUACAUUUAGUACAUAUAUUAUAUAUAUAAAGA